UUGUGGCAUUGUACCUUUGCAUUUUGGUUACCAAAGACAAAUUGUUAGUUACAAUUAAUUCUUCAACGAAACAAAUAUCUGCAGGAUACAACUUUAUUUACAUUAUCCCCAAGGUCAGAUUGAUCCAGUUAAUCCACAUUGUUAUAAUGCAGUAACUGCAUGUCUUCAUCAGUAGCACUGCAGGAUCAUCAGACAGUCCCAGAAAUAAACACUUGAGCCAUGUUCGCACUGAAAAGUGUCCAUUCCACGCAGUUUUUUCUGUACAGUCAUUGUUAAGGAGGAAUUUCCAUGCAUCCCAUUACACUUAAGUCUCUGGACACACUGAAGCAUUGCUUCAUUUAAAUGCGGAAGAGUUGCUUAUCGCGCGCAUGCGCGCUUUGCCGCUGCAUUGAACAAUGCAGCAAAUCUCACUGCGCAGGUGCGCGGCUGCAGGGCAUGCGGCUAUUUUUAGAAAAUGACGUCAUCGUGAAAUAGAGCGAGUGCGCGCACCCCCCUCCAUCUCCCCUCCACCCUGUUCGCUGGGAUUGACAGGACGCUUGCAGGAGCAGCAGCAGCACGCCGAAAGACCAACGAAAAAAAGGGCAAAACUUGGAAGAUAUAGAGGGCUGGGAGGGGAAAGAAAGCGUUAUAAAAAUAUACAGACAUACAGAAAAACACAAACCUUCACCUACAACCUUUGGCUCGCCGUUCCACCCUCACGUGCGCGGCUGCUCCAGAUUCUGCUCGCGCACUGUGCCGUCCGGAGCGCUCUCUCUCUCUCUCUCUCUCUCUCUCUCUCUCUCUCUCUCUCUCUCUCUCUCUCUCUCUCUCUCACUACCGAGUGUGUUCUACUGAGAAACGACCGAGCCCGGUGCGAACCGACAGCCUUUGACCAGAGAGGAUGGCUGAUAGGGAACAACUGAUCCAAAGAGCCCGUCUGGCGGAGCAGGCGGAGCGCUACGAUGAUAUGGCCUCCGCGAUGAAGCUGGUCACAGAGCUGAAUGAACCAUUAUCCAACGAAGACCGCAACCUGCUCUCUGUGGCUUAUAAGAAUGUUGUUGGGGCCCGGCGGUCAUCUUGGCGUGUUGUUUCCAGCAUAGAGCAGAAGACAGCGGCAGAUGGCAACGAGAAGAAGUUGGAACUGGUGCGUGUCUAUCGAGAGACCAUCGAGAAGGAGCUUGAGUCGGUGUGCCAAGACGUUCUUACCCUGCUCGACCAGUACCUCAUAAAAAACUGUGACGAAACCCAGGUGGAGAGCAAGGUCUUCUACCUGAAGAUGAAGGGUGACUACUACCGUUACCUCGCCGAGGUGGCCACUGGCGAAAAGAGGGCCUCUGCAGUCGAAUCAUCUGAAGGCGCCUACAAAGAGGCUUUCGAUAUUAGCAAGGGCAUGCCGGCCACCCAUCCCAUCCGCCUGGGCCUGGCGCUCAACUUUUCCGUCUUCUACUACGAGAUUCAAAAUGCGCCCGAGCAGGCUUGCCAGCUUGCCAAGGAAGCCUUUGAUGACGCCAUCGGCCACCUGGACAAUCUGAACGAGGACUCCUAUAAGGACUCCACGCUCAUCAUGCAGCUCCUCCGGGACAACCUCACCCUGUGGACCAGCGACCAGCAGGACAGCGAAGGAGGAGACGCCAAUAACUGAGAGAUCAGCCACUGCUAGUUGUAGUAGCAUCCCCCGUCUGUCCACUGUCUUCUUUAAACCUAUUUCUUAUUUCUCUCUGUCUGCUCCUUAAUUCUCCUUCUCUCCAUUCUAUCUUUCCUGUUUCUUUGUGACACCUCAAUGCUCUUCUUUGGUUCCUCAGGGCAGCACUUCAGACCCUUGAUUGCUCUCUCAUAUCUUUUACCCCUUUUCCACCAACAGGAUGCCGAUACACAAACUGGAACCGUUCCACUGCAGAAAAGGCGGUUCUGGGAUGAAAAAAUGCUGUUGGCCUCAAAAACCUGCUUGUUUCGAACCUGGAUAAUGUUGCUUGUCCAAGUUUUCAAUGCUAAUGCAAAUAUAAAACCAAACAAUGCCCAUUCCAUUAUAAUAUAUAAAGCAUUCAGUUGACGCAUGUUGUAAUUUUUUUCCCUUAUACAUCACCUGUGAUGUGCUUUGGAUGUUAAAAUGGACUGUAAUUCGUAAAAAGUAAAAAACUUUUAUAAAAACCAAAUUAUUUCUGAAUAUCAUACAUGCAAAUUAGCUGUUAGCAUAAUGUAAAUUUGACAGCGUAAAUACAAUGAUUCAAAUUGCUUUGGAUGUUUGAAUGUAAUCUUUAAAAACAUAAAUAAAUGAAAUGAUUUUGAAAUGUAUACACAAAUAGUUAUGUAUUAUUUGUGAUAUAAAUGAAUUUAGAUCAUUUAUAGCAUAUAAAAUACAUUUUUUGGUUAAAUAUUUCUCUUAAAUAUUACAAGUAAACAAGUUGCAUCAUUGUUCACCCUUUAAGCUAGUUCUGACACCAUUUUGGUGAAAAAGGGGUAUUAAUCCACUUUUCUCAGUUUUCCAACCUAUUCCUCUCUUCUUGUCCUUUACCUCUUUUUCUGUAUACGAUUCACUCCUUUCUCCCCGCAAUGAGUCGCUGAUAGCCUGCUGGUCUCCAAGUGACAUUAAUUUAGUGUGUACUUGUAAGGACUCGAUCUUCGUAGAAACACUGUAACACUUAUUACAGGAUGAGAUCUUGAGUAGGUGGCACAGUAUAUUGCUAAUGUUACACUUUAUUAUGUUGUUCUUCUUCACUUGUCUUUGAUCUGUACCUCAAUCACUGCGUAGAUGUGUUUGUCUGUCGUUCCCCCUUGAUCACCUUGUACACCUUGCUAGCCCUGUGAAUUGUGUGUAUCUGCUAUCUCACAACAGUAUGCUGUCAUCAAAAAUGUGGGCGGUACUCUGUUAUGAGAUGCAGUGAUCAAAAGUCUUUUGAUUAGGAUUACAUAUGCAAGGUUAUGUAAGAAUGACAUUAAAGACAUUGCUUACCAUGGGAACUCUCAAAA